AUGGCCUCUCAGGAUAUCUCCCAGGACCUUCCUGUAAUUAACCUCGAUAUUUUUCUUGCUGGGCCAUCUGAUUCCGACGCUGUAAUCGAGGAAUGCAAAAAAGCUGCCAAUGCACUCAUUACGUAUGGUGCUUUGGUCCUGAAAGACUCCCGUGUAGCCGAAGAUGAUAAUUCUUCUUUCUUGGACUUGAUGGAGGAUUAUUUCAAUCAACCGAUUGAUGAGUUGAAAAAAGACGAACGUCCAGAGCUUAGUUACCAGAUCGGGGUCACGCUUGAGAACACGGAGAAGCCCAAAUGUGCUGUAGAUGAACCCUGCCUUAGGAUUAUUGAGGCCUUGGAACCCUCUGAAAGACCUCUCGAUAUCAGUGCCCACUCCCCGGACCCGAAAUGCCGCUUCUUUUGGAAGAUGAGCGAGAAGCCUCCUUACGAAACUGCCUAUCCCGCAUUGAAUGCAGCCAACGUCGUGCCUCAAGCUGAAUUCAUCAAGAAGAACUGGACUUUUACCAUGGAGAAAUGGGGAACCUCAAUGAAGGAUGCCGUUUCAGCUCUCGCAGACAUGGUAGCCAUCGGUCUUGGUCUCCCUGCCCAAACUUUCAGAGAUCCAGGACGUUACGGCCCUCAUCUUUUAGCACCUACUGCAUCGGACCUUUCGAAAUACGGAAAAAAAGAUACCAUCCUGGCUGGCUUCCAUUCUGAUCUCAACUUUUUGACCAUUCAUGGUCGAUCUCGUUACCCUGGUCUGAACAUAUGGGCUCGAAACACAGGAAAACGGAUACCUGUCAGAAUUCCAGAAGGCAGCAACCUUCUUGUCCAAGCAGGAAAGCAGCUUGAACAUAUUACAGGUGGCCUAAUUAAAGCAGGAUUUCACGAAGUGGUGGUGAAUGAACAAACAAUACAGGCCAUUGAAAGACGUAAAGUUGAGUAUCCUGACAGACCAUUCAUUCGCAUCUCGUCGACAUUCUUCUGGCAUUUAUCCUCCGAUUACGACUUGGCCCCCAUCUCCUCCUUAGUCGCAAAAGCGGCUGAAUUGCGUAGUGAAAAACUUGGGGAUGGGCAAUCGGAUGGUGAUGAAGUUUGCUAUGAGCCAAUGAAAGUGGGAGAAUUUGUCCGCAAUGAAUUAAAACAUAUUGCUCUGAUGGCGUAA